AAAAAAAAAAAGGAGAAAGGUUACCUACCACUUGGGGUCUGAGAUUGUGGAUUGUGGCUCUCUCUGGUUGACUCGUGACCCUCGUCAUCCCUAAGUCAAUCCGCUACUAUUACACUACUGCACUAUUUAUUACUCAGAAACACUACUCUCCAAUCCUUCUGUUCUUCUUCUUCUUCAUCAGUUCUUCCUUAAUUCGCAUAUCCAAAUCCCAAACUCCAAACCAUUUAUACUCUACCCACGCUACAGCAUCUGCCGUGGGACCUCUGUGAUUUUCUGUUAUUCUCACUUCUCAGACAAUAAAGUGUGUGUGUGUGACUGUCUAUGAUGUGACUAAAUUAUAUAUAUUUCAAGAAAAAACAACAACAAAGAGAAACUGAGAGACUCAAAUCAUCCUCAAAAGCAAUGCCCAAUGGUGUCCAAAGGCUACUGCUGCUGCUCCAUCCUUUCCUUCGUCUUCCUCCUCCACAUUAUUAUGGCCUCUGCCGCUUCUUCCUUCCUUUCACCAAACCAUGUCAUUGUACCUGAGGGAUCUACCGGUCGAAAGCUUCUCCAGGAGAUAAAGAGCUGCCCAGUGGAUUUUGAGUUCCUCAACUACACGAUAAUCACAAGCCAGUGCAAAUCUCCCUAUCCUUCUCAGCCAUGUUGCUCAGCCUUGAAUAAAUUUUCAUGCCCGUAUGUGGAUGAGCUGAGCGACUCUACGAAUGACUGCAUAUUGACAAUGUUCAGCUACAUUAACCUCAUUGGGAAGUACCCAGCUAGCCUGUUUUCCAACGAGUGCCAGGGGCAAUGGCUUUCUUGCAAUGUGACAACAGCACCUGCAGCAUCAGUCAACGCAAAUGGAGGUUGGGUUGCCCAGAAUGUCUCUCCUCUUCUAAUACUGAUGGCCUUGUUUCCAAUUCUACUUUUCCAGAUUUUAUAAAACCAGAGAUGUUUUAUUGAGAUUGAUUCUGAGGAUUUCAUAACCUUCACAAGGUAACUCUUUUGACCAAUGUAUGUGAUUUUUCUAAAUCAUGUUGUAAUUUUACUGUAUCACAACAUAUCAGACUUGAUAUUUCUGAAUUGUGAAUGAUAGUUUAGCAAAACUUAGUUUAUCUGUUUCUUUAUGCA